AUGCACUCUUUGGUGCAAAAAGUUGCAUACCUUAAACCUGGACAUCGUCAUGAUCGUGUCAUCACAUCACGGGUAACAUCGGAAGCGUCGGAAGAGGAGCACAGACGCACAGAGAAUGAUAGACGGAGAGACCCCUUUUGCUGCCCGUUCUCCCGCCGGGUCACAGAUCGCAUCUAUAAAAGAGUGGGUUUACAACUGAAUGAUGAUUCAUUUUCUGGUGGAACGCUUCCCAAGAAGAAUGUUCACCUGCUUAGUGUGGUAGUUGUCGAGAUUGUUGUGACCCAUAGCUGGGCCCUUUGUGAAGCUUUGUACUUCGGCUAA